GAACUUCCUUCCGCAAGGGAACAACCAACCAAACCAACACCUUUUGUGUCAAAGCACCUGGCAAUUUUAAUUCUUUGCCCCUACCGCACAUUGAACACCCGCAGCAGGUUUGCACCCCACAAAUCUUCACACCCGCUACGAACAGGAGGCCGCUACAACGAUGAAACGAAUAGCGACGGAAAGAAAACCGAGCCAUUCGGGUGUUGGGGUGACGGUUGSUGUCACCACCCUCCUCGCGGUGCUCUGCUUGGCGUGCACGCCGCUGCCGGCGGAUUCCUUCGUCCCGCCCGCUUCCACGAGAAAGGCCGCACCGGUGCCGGCCUUUGGAGCCGGAGGGUUCGAGCGAACCUUGUCGCAGCUCUCCGCGGCGAGCGAGCCCAUGUCCGAGGACGAGAUCAAGCGGCAGCUGACCGAAUACCUCGCCAAGCGCAAGGAGGCCAACGCGGACGCGGCYGCCGAGGAGGUCAAGGGCACCGUCGUGGGGGGAACCCGCGGGAACGCGGUCCUGGAGUUCAUCAGCGGGGCCCCCGCCAGGGAGCUGGUCAUCGAGCGGGCCCCGGACGUCUUUGACUACGACGAGCUGUCCAAGUACGGGUACUCGGGCCUCGUCAAGCCCAUCAUGGACCAGGUGGGGGGCCGGMGGGCGGUCUACGACCUGAUGGGGAUGGAGCCGCCGCCRCUGGUGGGGCCGCCGCCCAAGAAAAAGGUCCCCAAGCUGGUGAUCGACCGCACCGGCGAGGACGACAAGGCGAGGUAUACGGGCCUCAAGAUGGGGCAGGUCCUGGACGACGACGUCAUGGGAGAAGCGCUCGCGGAGGCCAACAAAAAAUCCAAGGAGGGAAAGGACCUGCGUCCGAAGCUAGUGGAAGAAUCCUACGUCCAGCCGUUUGCAGGUGGGUCACGAUGUGGUUUGAUUCGAUUCGAUUCGAUUCGAUUCGUAUUGCGUUGGUUUAGUGUAUUGGAAUUUUAUAAGUUACGGAAAAUCUCACACUCACCCGCGCACGUCUGUGCUUUCUCUCUCACGCUCUCUACAACUACAACUGCAACUGCGAACCACACCUGCAUCGUCAUCGUCAUCUUUGUCGCGUCGCGUCGCUGCAUUCGAAAUUGCAUUCGAAACAGACAAGCGCAACACGAGCCCGAUGCAGACCCCCGACUGGACCCCGGAGAAGCUCGACGAGUACGCCAUCCAGCAGGGCAGGGCCCAGUCGUGGGCCCGGCGGUCGCGGAUGGGGGAGUUCGUCAAGGACCCCUUCGAGACCUCCGAGCUGCCGCUGGGCAUCCAGGCCUACGCCGUCGCGACCGCCUUUUUCGUGGCCUUUGCCUACGGCCGGGCCACCCCGAGGUUCCUGGCGGAGGUCCUCGGGKUGGGCWCGCUGGACGGCGCCCGYGGCCUCCAGGACGUCCUGCAGGUUCCGGGGCUGGCCCUGGCGCUGGCCAGCGUGGGAUCCAGCGCGGUGUGCGCCGCGGUGCUGGCCCCCGGGAAGAACCGGAACGGGAUACUGUGGGGCGUCAAGGGCUUUCUGGGCGGCCCGAUCGCCGUCGUCCAGCUCAGGGGACUCGACGCCCUCAUCACCCGCGAGCAGAAGGAAAAGGAGGAAAGCGCGAGCAGCAGCAGCAGCGGUAGCAGCAGCUGAGGCGCUUGGCAUGGGAAUUCGAGAGCGAGCCCCGGCACGGACAGAACCGGAACGCAGCWAAACAAAUCCGAACCUCCGCUUUCGCUCUUGGCAGCGACAGCGUGUAGCACAUUCCGCAGACCCGGUUGUCCAUGGACGUCCUCCCAACCCCGUUUCUAGAUAGCCUACGCGCGACGCGACGCAACGCAUCGCAGCGCGAAUGAAUGAAUGAAUCCACA